AUGAUGAAUGAAUAUAGCUACCCUUUAAAUAAAGAGGCUAAAGUACAAUAUUAUUCGAGAUGUGAGACUCGCUUUUGGUCCGCAACACUCAUCACAACCAGAAAUAUUAGUACUGGUGGACAUUCAAUAAUUACUGAAGAAGAAAUUCAUCAUCUUCAUGGGCGUUCGAUUGCAAAACAAGAGAUUCGAGUAUUUAGAGCACAAGUUAAACGACGUCUUCGUGAAGAAUUAACACCAGUUGCUCUGCUUAUUGAACAAGAAAUGAGAAAGAUAAAUUUAUCCUCAGAAGCACAGCAACUAUCAACACAUCCACAACAUAUGAAAGCUGCUUUUAGUCGAGAACGUCAUAAAUGUAUUCCAAAUAUUCCACGAUCUUUAGAUUUUAUCAUUCCACAUAUGUAUAUGUUGUGGUCAGAAUUGAAAUUCAGUCAAAUUUUAAAUUUGACCAGUCAAAAUUGA